AUGGAGUGGUCAAACGAAAAAUGCAUUGAGUUUGUCGAAGACUAUCGCCAAUUUACAUGUCUUUGGAAAGCAUCUGACAAAGAUUAUAAAGACAGAAUUAAAAGAGGUGACGCUCAACAAUAUUUGGUUGAUAAAUAUAAAUUAGGAACUAGAAAAGCAGUGAAUAACAAAAUAAAAAGCUUCCGGUCAUACUUUCAUCGGCUUCACGCUGAAUACAAAAGAAAACGAAGUGGAGAUGGAAGAGAUGAUGCACUACCAGAGCCGAACUGGUUUCUUUAUAAAUAUUUACUAUUUAUUCUGGAUGGUGAGGAGAAUCGGUCCGGCAAAGAAACGUUUACGACUCAACGAGAGACAUCAUCAGAAAAAGAACACUGUGAGGAGGAUGAGAGUCAACAGGACAGAGAAAGUCAUCGCGAAAGUGAUUUUCAAUCAGGACUGAUCUUUGAUUCGCCUCCAGGAACACCAGUAAUCCGUAAAGCUGAAAAUAAUGAUAUUAUUCGUAAACAAGAAAUAGAAGAACUUCAGGAACAACCAUCUAUUCACAUUUCUUCUAAUCAGGUUCUUACAGCCAAGGCUUAUCCUAGUAACAAUUCCAAUUUAUAUUAUGCCUACCCAUACGAGUGGUUAUGA